GUUUCCCUUCAAAUUCUUGUUGCCUAUGCAAACAUCCGUACUCUAACCUGCCAAAGGCCAUUUUCCUUAUCUACUGUCCAGCAGCACUUGGAGUCCAUCGCCAUCCAUAGUCUGUGGUGGCGAUCUCUCGUGUCACUCAAAGGGUUGUCUUUCUGAAGCGAACCCAAGCGACUGCCUGCGACUGCCAUCCCUUCACGCCCAGUUCCCAGGCAUCCAACCCCUCGUGUCAAUUUCCGGUCCUCCCAAUUACCAGAUCACCGCACGUUUGUUGGAAACUACGUCGUCCCUGUUCAUUCUGCUGCUCCGACUCUUUUAGAAAUACGCAGUCUAGUUGCACCCCUCUCCCUGACCCGCCUCCACGACGAUCGCACAUCAGAUACAGCCCUUGCAGCCAUGCCGCGACAGAAAGGCGUCAAGUUCCAGCAUCGUCCCGGUGGCACGGGUGCUGGCACGAGCGAUCAUCAACGACAGAGUUCCUCUAGUAGCGAGGGAUCGAGCGCCCCUCCUAGCCCAACUCAAGAUGUACAUGCCACGCGGAAUGGAUCUGCUGUCAAGGUCGACAGCAAGGUCGAACCGUCAGAGUAUGAAAAGAAGAAGACCACGUUCUACACACGAACAAUAUGGACAUUCGUCAUGAUUACCGGCUUCUUUGGUGCUAUGUUUGCUGGCCACAUCUACAUCAUCAUGAUCAUUACGGCCAUCCAGAUCAUCUCAUUCAAAGAAGUCAUCGCUAUUGCGCAAGUCCCAACCAAGCAGAAGAAUCUUCCCCUGACGAGAUCCUUGAACUGGUACUUUCUCGCGGUCACCAUGUAUUAUCUAUACGGGGAGAGUGUUCUCUAUUACUUCAAACAUAUUCUCCUCGUCGACAAGAUCUUGCUGCCCUUUGCAACACAUCAUCGCUUCAUCAGUUUCAUCAUGUACAUUUUCGGUUUCGUGUUCUUCGUGGCCUCGCUCAAGAAGGGCUCAUAUCGCUUCCAGUUUACCCAAUUCGCCUGGACUCACAUGGCUCUCUUUUUGAUCGUCUUCCAGGCUCACUUUGUCAUGAACAAUGUCUUUGAAGGCAUGAUCUGGUUCUUCCUCCCCGCGGCCCUUGUCAUCACAAAUGAUAUCUUUGCUUAUAUUGUUGGCAUCACUUUUGGUCGGACUCAGCUCAUCAAGAUCUCCCCCAAGAAGACAGUCGAAGGCUUUGUUGGAGCUUGGAUUUGCACCAUCAUCUCCGGCUUUGCCCUCACCAACCUUCUGAUGCGUUACAAAUACUUCAUUUGCCCUGUCAACGACCUUGGUGCAAAUAUGUGGACCAGCCUAGAAUGUGUUCCCAACCCUGUCUUCACUGCCAUGCCAUAUAACUUACCAACAUGGACCGGUGUCCAUUACACUCUGUGGAUGGCCCCAAUUCAGCUGCACAUCUUUAUUCUCGCCACCUUUGCCUCGUUGAUAGCUCCCUUUGGCGGAUUCUUCGCAUCCGGCCUGAAGCGGACUUUUAAAAUCAAGGACUUUGGCGACAGCAUUCCUGGCCACGGAGGCAUGACCGACCGGAUGGAUUGCCAGUUCAUCAUGGGUUUUUUUGCCUACAUGUAUUACCAAAGUUUCAUCGCCAUUCACAAGACAAGCGUUGGCAGUGUGCUUGAGUCUGCCAUUGUCGGCCUUACGCCCGAAGAGCAAAUAGAGGUUGUCAAAGGCUUAAGCAAGUACAUGUACAAUCAGGGAAUUGUCUCAGCAGAGACGGUGAAAUGCAUCACUAACGAAUUACGAAGGCGAUGAAGUUGAAAAAAGUGGGAUCUUCUGGCUGAUCGAAUUUCCAAAAAAAUCUUCAUUGAUUUCUUUUCUCUUCUUGAAUCGAGCGGGCUGAGACUCGCAUGGCCGAGAGCGUUUCGACUCGACUAGUACAGCAUAGCGAUGGUGCAGAGCACUUUCUUGUGAUAUGGCUCAUUUCCAAUGUUGCAGGUCUUGAGAUGUGGCGGCUGUCUGGUCCAUCUUAAUGGUUAGGCGGGCCAGGACAGCUUGAUAGUCGUAAGAGGUAUCUGCAGUGUGUCAACCUGGAUGGUUGGACUUCAGUUGAUGCAUGACGCUUCAGCCCUCGACGAAUGGGCGGGGCUUGUUCUGAAAUCGGAAGGGCCACAAUGAGAGCCCUGUUGAAUAGUACGAGACCAGAGUGAAAGAUAGCGUGAGGUCUGAAUCCUUCAAUUCUGAGCUCUUCCUCUUCCC